AUGAUCACAAUAGGAGCCAAAAGAAGCCGAAUAUCGAAACAACACUCUCCUGUUUCAUGCCAUCCUGACAUGAGUUCCUCUCAUAUGAUAGCAUCUGCUGUCAAAGUUGCUUCCAAUGAAGACCUUCUGCUUGAGAUUCUGUUGCAGGUCCCCAUAAAGACCCUUAUGCGCUUCAAAUCUGUAUCCAAACAAUGGUUGUCUCUCAUUGCUAAUCCAUACUUUGUUCGUCUUCGUAGCCCUCUCGCCCCCUCGGCCUCUUCACUCUUCUUCGCUAAUUCCUCCUGCAGAAGCAACCCUGACUACCAGUUCAUUCCUCUGGAUGUCGUGGAUGGAAGCCUGGCCCCCUUCAGAACUUUUAAAUUCAUUAAUGACCCGUUAGGUUCUGGCGUUUCUGCUUUACAGUCCUGCAAUGGCCUCCUUCUCUGUGCUAGCUAUCGAGCACGUGAAUUUAACCGUAGAUACUAUGUGUACAAUCCCACCACUAAGCAAUUUGCCACCCUCCCUCAAAUAAAACGCGAAUUUUCAAAAACUGUUUGCGGGAUGAGUUUAGCCUUUGAUCCCGUGACUUCACCUUACUACAAAGUUGUUUGUGUCAGACGCUCUGAACUGCGUCAACAACAUUUUCAGAUUGAAAUAUAUUCAUCUGAAACUCGGGUGUGGAAAGUCUCUGGGGAGCCUUUUACUGCACCAAAGCAUACCAAAUUCGAGAAAUGUGUAUACUAG